AUGCUGAUGCAGUUGUUCCUUCCUCUACUUCCUUCCCCCAUCCCGCCCGCAGGGGGGGCCGCAAUGAAGCUGAAGCCCACCAGGGACUGCUUCGGCAUCUGCACGCUGACGGCAGGGGUGGAGGCCAUAUGCCUCGCGGUCCUGGUCUUCUCGCUGCUGGUGAUCUCCGUCGUCUCCUCCGCUGAGCCGCUGCAGAUCGUCGGCUUGACGGUACCUCCGACAUUGCAGGUGGCUGCGGGCGCUUGGGCGUUCGUUGGCAUUCCAUUGGCCAUCAUGGCCGGCGUCGGCGUUUUGUACCAGGUCGAGUCGAACUUGAGGCUUUUCUUCGUCUACCUGCUGGCAAG